AAAAGAUAUUCUAGUCCCAUGGAACCACAUAAUUUAACAGAUACCAUGGAAUUCCUUCUCCUUGGACUCUCAGAGGACCCUGAACUGCAAGCCAUUUUAUUUGCACUAUUCCUGCUCAUAUACCUGCUUACUGUGCUUGGAAAUGUGCUCAUCAUCUUGGCCAUCAGCUCUGAUUCCAACCUCCACAGCCCUAUGUACUUUUUCCUCUACAGCCUUUCAUUGUCUGACAUUGGCUUCAGCAGCACCACAGUCCCCAAACUUCUGAUAAACAUGCACACCCACAACAAAUCCAUAACUUACGCAGCCUGCUUAACUCAGGUUUCUUUUUUCUUUCUUUUUGGGUGUAUGGACAGCCUCCUACUGGCAGUGAUGGCCUAUGACCGAUGGGUUGCCAUUUGUUACCCCCUACACUACCAAGUCCUUCUGAACCCUCGUCUGUGUAGAUGUUUGGUUAUAGUGUCAUUUUGUAUCAGUCUCAUUGAUUCACAGGUACACUGCUUGAUGGUGUCACAACUAAAAUUUUGCACUAAUUUAGAAAUCCCUCAUUUCUUCUGUGAUGUUCCAGAGCUUCUAAAACUUGCCUGUUCUGACACUACUAUCAAUAACAUAGUCGUAUUUCUUGUUAGUAUCAUUCUUGGUUUUCUCCCUGCCUCAGGUAUCUUUUACUCCUACUAUAAAAUUGUUUCCUCCAUUGUUAGAGUUCCUUCAUUGUUAGGGAAAUAUAAAGCAUUUUCUACUUGUGGAUCUCACCUGUCAGUUGUUUGCUUAUUUUAUGGAACAGGUCUUGGCGUGUACCUUAACUCAUCCAUUUCCAGUUCUUCCAGGGAAAGUGUGGUGCCUUCGAUAAUGUAUACCAUGGUGGUUCCCAUGAUGAACCCCUUCAUCUACAGCCUGAGAAACAAGGACAUCAAGAAAGCCCUCCAGAAAACUUUCAGUCAAGUAAUAUAAUUUACCUACCU